AUGCAGAAUUGGAUUUUGGGACCUGGUGCCCAGCAGAAGCUGGAAAGUGGCAAGUACUAUGUCUGGUCGGAGCCCUCAGUUGCAAACAUACUCUGCCACAUCAUCGGUCAGGCCAAGAAGCAUCCAAGCUUAAUUCCCCUCUUCGUAUUUAUUGGAGCAGGAGGUACUGGAGCAGCACUGUAUGUGAUGCGUCUGGCAUUGUUCAAUCCAGAUGUCAGCUGGGACAGGAAGAAUAACCCAGAACCCUGGAACAAACUGGGUCCCAAUGAUCAAUACAAGUUCUACUCAGUAAAUGUGGAUUACAGCAAACUGAAGAAAGAAGGUCCAGACUUCUAAGUGAACUGUUUCACUAUAAAGCUGCUUAGAAUG